UCACCCACCCGCCAAAGUCCCAUCGCGCCAUCAAUCACCGAGCAGACACUUACUGAUUCCCCAAUUAUAUAGUGACGAGGAGGGUGGACUAAAAUGGGAAGGAUGUCAGCUGUCGGGAGUAACGGAGGCGCCACUGGUGGCGAAGCAUGGAAAGCUCAUGCUGCAAUGGCGAUUAUUCAGGUCUUCUAUGGAGGAUAUCAUGUGAUAACCAAAGUCGCUCUCAAUGUUGGGGUUAAUGAGCUCGUCUUCUGCGUUUACCGCGAUGUCAUAGCCCUUUCCAUUCUCGUCCCUGUAGCCUACUUCCGCGAACGAAGGUUGAGACCUCCUUUAAAUAGGCAGCUGCUAAUGUCAUUCUUCAUCCUAGGACUAACUGGGAUUUUUGGAAACCAACUUUUGUUUAUGAUUGGUCUUGGAUAUACAACUCCUUCUUAUGCUGCAGCCAUACAACCUGCUGUACCAGUCUUUACAUUUAUUUUGGCUGUGGUCAUGGGUACAGAAACAGUGAAGUUGCUUACUAGAGAAGGUCAAGCAAAGAUUGUUGGUACAUUUGUCUGUGUUUCAGGUGCCAUUGUGAUGACACUGUUCAGAGGUCAGACUGUUCUUGGAUAUAGGGGAUCAGAGUUCACAACUGCACAAAGUGAAAUAAGUGCCAUUGGUCAGCCCGAACCUUCUGGGUGGUUAAUCUCUAGUUUCCUGGAAUUGGGAUUUGAUAAAUGGCACCUUGGCAUGUUGUGUUUAAUAGGAAACUGUAUUUGCAUGGCAGCAUACCUAGCAUUUCAGGCUCCGCUUUUAAAGAAAUAUCCCGCGAACAUAUCAAUGACAGCAUAUUCAUAUCUGUUUGGCACCAUAUUAAUGGUUACCACAUCAUUUUUUACAACAAGCCAGUCAAUAGACUGGAGUUUGACACAAUCUGAAGUUAUUGCAGUGUGCUAUGCUGGAAUAAUUGCAUCCGCUCUUAACUAUGGACUUCUGACAUGGUGCAACAAGAUUAUUGGCCCUGCUUUAGUUGCUCUUUACAAUCCACUUCAACCUGCUGCAUCAGCAUUCCUAUCAAGAAUUUUUCUUGGGAGCCCUAUUUAUUUGGGAAGCAUACUGGGAGGACUUCUGAUCAUAGCUGGUCUUUAUUUGGUAACUUGGGCUUCAUAUAGAGAGAAACAAUCACAGACGAUAACUAUUCCUCAUACUUCUCGCUCCUCGGAACCUCUAAUUCCUAGAGAAUCUUCACUUAACAAGCUCUCAUAGCAGGCAGACGAAAUUUCCCUGGUGCCUUCUACAUCAACACCUAAAAUGAAGGAUUAGAACAAUAAGUCUUUGACUCCAGUUAUAUAUUUUAAACGAAAUAUUUUUACUCCAUCUUUGGGGUUUACAGUCAAUUUUAUUCCUGAUUGGAGAUGUUUGUGCUGUUUUUGGAGUGCACGUUUAACGUUUAAUUGCUGCCAUUGCAGGCUUCCUCAAUGUUCAUUGCAAUUUUUGUGUCAAUUAUACUUCGGA